UCAACGUCAACAGCGAAGCAUGUGUCAAGCUUUCUAGUUUCUAGUAUUCGCGUCGAUAGAAAAUUUUUAUCAAAACAAAAAUACCAGGAACUACUUUUAUUCGGAAGCUGUUUUAUUUUAAUGUUUGUGUCGGAUUCCGCUUGUUUCGUCUUUUAGUUUUUAACAUUAUUCUCAUUCAUUAAAAUGGCUAUGGCUACAUCUCCUUCAGUGGAUUUAAGUUCCUAUAGAGACCAACAUUUUAAGGGCACUCGAGCCGAACAAGACAAACUAUUAAGACUUUCAACAACUUUAUACGUAGGAAAUUUAUCUUUUUAUACAACUGAAGAACAGAUUUAUGAACUGUUUACCAAAUGUGGUGAUAUUAGACGUAUUGUGAUGGGCCUGGAUAAAUACAAGAAAACUCCAUGUGGAUUCUGUUUUGUAGAAUACUAUAAUAGAGAGGAUGCAGAAAAUUGUUUAAGAUAUAUAAAUGGUACCAGACUUGAUGACAGAAUUGUAAGGACAGAUUGGGAUGCAGGUUUUCUAGAGGGGAGACAGUAUGGAAGAGGCAAAACUGGGGGACAGGUUAGGGACGAAUAUAGGACCGAUUAUGAUUCAGGACGGGGAGGAUAUGGUAAAAUAACCCAACAAAGAUUAGGAAACAUGGAUACACCAUCUUAUUUUAGGAAAUAAAUUACGUGUGAUUGAUUUUUAAUAUGAGACAGUUGGCAAGCAUGGUGGAAAAAUGUUUAACAACAAAUGAAACGAAAAAUAGCAUUCAAUCAAAAACCCUAAUUUUUGUCC